CGGGGCGGUGGCGCGCCGCCGCCACGCUCGCUCGCAGUCGGCAGCACGGUCGGACGGCGCCCGGUGCCCGGUAUGGCGGCGGGCUCACCGCGGCCAGCCAGACGACAGCGUCGCGAAACACGGAUGCCGGGAGGGCGGAGGAGGUCUGCUGACAUUGGAUGGCACCGGCUCCACUGGGAGGCGCUGACGUCACUGGGAGGCGCUGACGUCACUGGAGGCCUGUGAUUCAGCGCGCACCUCCCCUAAGCAGCAUGUUAGGAGUGCUGGGGGUCGCCGUCGCCGCCAGCCUCGCCCUCAUACAAAUACUCACAUUCCUCUGCAACGGAUGCAUUACGAUUGGUCUCAUUUGGUCGAAACAGUACCGUUCCGGGUCGAACAUACUGAUUCUGCACCUGGCGCUGGUGGACGUGUGCCUCAGCGUGGGCACGCUGGUCGCCACGGUGCCCAGCUACGUCAAGGAGGACUGGCUGGAUGGCAAGGUGGAGUGUGCCUUGUACGGCGGCCUCACCCUGCUCCUGCACGCAGUCGUCUUAUGGACCAUCUGCGGCCUCAACUACGACAAGUUCUCCGCCAUUUGCGUGCCGCUCUCCUACAACGACUCGGUCACCAAGUGGAAGACGCUGGCGGCGCUGGCCGCCUGCUGGACGCUGUCGGCUGGCUGCGUGCUGCUGCCGCUCGCGGCCGGCCUCUCGUUCCGGCCGCGCGUCGGACUCUGCCUGCCGCAGUUCCGCCGAUUCGCCGACGGUAUCUUCGGCAUCCUGUACGUGUGCUGCAUGCUGCUGCUGCCGGCCGCGCUCAUAGUCUUCUUCAACGUGCGCAUCCUGAUCGUGGCGCGGACACAACGCAGCCGUAUCGUGUCGGCCAUCGUGUCGGCGGUGACGAUGAACGCCAGGCUGGCCGUGCCGCAGACGGGCAUCGAGUGCGCGCAGCGCAGCCGCUCACCGCUCGGCACCACCAUCAACGUGCUGCUGCCGCUGCUGCUCAUGUACGUGCCGUUCGGCAGCGUGGUGGCGUGGGAGAGCGUGGCAGGCCGUGUCGUGGACGAGCGGUUCGUGUUCGUGGCGCACCUGCUGCUCUGUCUGAGCCCGCUGCAUGGGCUCAUCUACGGCUGCCGCAGCAAGAACCUGCGCCGCAUCUUCAAGAACUUUGUGCGCAAGCAGCUGUACAAGUCCGAGAUGCAGCUGGAGAUCCAGGCGCGCGGGCCGCGCACCUGCUUGCAGCGGCCGUCUAUCGCCACGCAGCUGACCAUGCAGCUGCCCAAGCAGCUGCAGCGGCGGCUGUCGGACGCCUUCAUGAAGGCGUCCGAGCUGACCUGGGCGCAGAUGUCUCAGCAGCUGGAGCCGCGCGAGCCGCACCGCGCCCGCUCCACGGACGCCAUCGGCGCCGACUCGGACAGCUCCCGCGUCUGGCUGCAUAAGCCGGCCGACACGUCGUCGGAGGGCGGCGGCUCGCUGUCCGAGCAGGCGGAGGGUCGGCCGGUCCGCGCCGGUCGCCUCUGGUCCGUCAGCGCCAGCGUCGUCCGCCGCAGCAGCUGA